AUAGGUGGCUCGAAAACGGAAAAGUCAGGAAAGACUAUCUUUCUCUUCCAGUAGAAAUGCAUUGGACAUGAAAUUACAAUAGGGACGGACGCAGCCAAUCACCUGUAAAACCCUUCCGCCAGUACACGGGCACGGAGACCGGCCUUCCUUUCAGAGCUAAAUUCUCGUAAAACCUCUCUACAACUGUUUAUCUCCCUAUUCAACGUUUCAUUCAAUAUGGUGAGCCAGAGACAGAGAUUAGCUCGCAAAAGAUUCAGAGAAGCGCAUCCUGAGCUAUUCCCUAAGCCAGAGCCAACUCCACCAAAAGACCCCGACAAGAAGAAGAACAAAAAGAGCAAGUUCAAGCGAAAAAGCUCUAAUUCUAGAGAACCCAGAGACCCAAAUGAACGCAACCAGAAAAGGUUUAGAAAACACCCAUUUAGAGUUCCUGGCAUGAAGCCUGGUGAAAGUUGUUUUAUUUGCAAGGCCAAGGACCAUAUAGCCAAGCUUUGUCCUCAAAAAGACGAAUGGGAAAAGAACAAGAUAUGUUUGCUUUGUCGGCGGCGAGGGCACAGCCUGAAGCGUUGCCCUAACAAGAAGGAUGAAACUGUCGAUAAGAAAUUGUGCUAUAAUUGUGGGGAAAUUGGUCAUUCGCUGUCUAAGUGCCCCCAGCCUCUUCAAGAUGGGGGAACUAAAUUUGCCAAUUGCUUUAUUUGUAAUGAAAGUGGACAUUUGAGCAAGGAAUGCCCUCAAAAUACUCAUGGGAUAUACCCAAAGGGUGGCUGCUGUAAAAUAUGUGGUGGUGUGACACAUUUAGCAAAAGAUUGCCCUGAAAAGGGUAAGAGAGGCUCUCCUGCCUCUGGUAAAGAAGUGAUUGAAGAAGGAGAGAGGCCAAGGCCGAAGGUAACCAAGUUUAUAAGCGGGGAUGAAUUAGAUGACGAUUUUAUGACAGAUGGUAACCAAAAAGAAAAGUCAUCUGGUAAUGAAAAAUCAAAGAAGCAACUGCAGAGAGUAGUGAACUUUGCAGGGGAAAUUGAAAGGUUUGGACGAGAAAGAUUACAAGGAGCAGUGUAUAUCUUUUAUGCGAAUUCGGCAUCUGGAAUGGCUGUGCACGAUGACUGUAAGCUCAAGUUUUUGGAACUAAAAGCAAAAAGGAACUACCGGUUCAUUACUUUCAAGAUUGAAGAUCAGCAAGUGAUUAUAGACAAGCUUGGAACUCCUCAACAGACCUAUGACGAUUUCACUGCCUCUCUCCCUGCUAAUGAGUGUCGCUAUGCUGUCUUUGAUUUUGAUUUCACCACUGAUGAGAAUUGCCAGAAAAGCAAAAUUUUCUUCAUUGCUUGGUCUCCUGAUACUUCAAGGGUGAGAAUGAAGAUGGUAUAUGCAAGCUCCAAAGACAGAUUCAAGAGAGAACUAGAUGGCAUUCAGGUUGAGUUGCAAGCUACAGAUCCUAGCGAAAUGAGUCUGGACAUUAUAAAAGGGCGAGCACUUUAGACAUAAAUUUGUUUUUCAGCUUUUUCUGACAUAUUACAUUUUUGUCAGACUCAGCAAAUUGUUUUAUUUCAUUUCAAUUUUUGUUGCAAUGGGUUUUUGUACUAACCCAUCAUCUCUAGUUUGAUUGGUGUAACGUGCAUAUUUGUUGCAAGUAUGCAUACUUGUACUGUUGUUUCUUCUUGAGGCAUAAUUUUUUAUUUUCUUUUUCCUUGACAAAUGUAAUAGGACUUUAGCUUCUUAUACUCAUAUGAGAAUAUUUUCCACUUCUUAAUUA